AUGAAUGAUGGAUGCCAAUGGAGGAAAUAUGGACAGAAGAUUGCAAAAGGAAACCCAUGCCCUCGAGCAUAUUAUCGAUGCACAAUUGCACCAUCAUGCCCAGUAAGAAAACAGGUGCAAAGAUGUGCCCAAGAUAUGACCAUCUUGAUCACCACCUACGAAGGAACACACAACCAUCCACUUUCUAUGUCAGCCACUGCUAUGGCUUCCACCACUUCAGCCGCGGCUUCAAUGCUUUUGUCCGGCUCAUCAUCAAGCUCCCAAUUACCUGGCCAUAACCCAUUAGCUGCCAGUGGCUUAAACUAUUAUCUAUCAGAUGAUAUAAAAUCAAAGCAAUUCUACUUACCCAAUAAUUCUUCUUUCUCAUCAUCUGUACCUUCAUGCCCAACAAUCACUCUUGAUCUCACUUCUGCUCCAUCCUCUUCUUCUUCAACUCAUUUUAAUAGGCUUUCUUCAAACUACCCUCCAAGAUAUUCUUCCACAAGUCUCAACUUUAGUUCUUCUGAGUCCAAUGCAGUGUCUUGGGCCAAUGGGUUCCUUAGCUAUGGCAGCACUCAACCCUACUACAAUAGGAACCAAAUUGGAAACUUGCCUAUUGGAAGACAAAUAGAAAACAAUAUAUAUCAGUCCUACAUGCAAAAGACCAACCCAACUCCUCCUCAACACUCUCAACAAGAGAAUAGUGCCAUUGCUGCUGCAACCAAAGCAAUCACAGCUGACCCAAGUUUCCAAUCUGCUUUAGUAGCUGCACUCUCUUCAAUCAUGGGCACUGGAGGUACUGCUGCAAGUGGUGGUGCCCAAGGAAAUCAUGGUGGAGGAGAUAAUAAUUUUGGCCAGAAAUCACGAUGGGGUAGUGAGCUAUUUGAAGCGCCUUCUACCACCUUCCCGGCAUCUCCGCCUAAAGGGAACGGUUGUGCAUCAAGCUUCUUAAACGAAACGCAAUCAACGACAAAUUCACAACCCGCAAGUUUGAUGUUUCUACCACCUUCAUUGCCGUUAUCUACUUCCAAGAGUGCAUCUGCAUCUCCUAGUGACAAUAGAGACCAUUCAAAUUAAUGGGUUUUGAAUUAUACUCAAUUAGAAUGUUGUUUAUUUUGUCUUAGUUGGCCUGUAAUGAUGUAUGAUAAAGAAAUUUGUUCACGAAGAUGGCGACAGCAAGCAAGGGAAUUUGAAUAAGUUUUUUCCUUAUUUUCCUAACAGAUAUUUAUGUUUUGGGAACAAUAUUAUAUGAUGAUUCAGCAAGCAUGUGAAUACAUAUUUUUCAGAUA